CGCGGGGCGGCAGGCGGCGGGCGGCGGGCACCCGGCACGGACGGGCGGCAGCCACCGGGCACCGGGCACCCUACAUCGCGCGGAGCGCCAGGAGCCCCGCCCGCGGCCGAGCGGGAGCGGCGGCCCCCGGAGCCCCGGCGCGCGGGACCAGGUGCCAAGUGCCCUGCUGAGUCUGAUAGCUCCCUGAGCCCCAGGCCUGGAGGGACCCUGGUGGCAGAGACCUUCUCCCACUUCUCCACAUGGCCAGCCUGUCCUGAGGGAAAGAGCCGCUGGAUGCACAUCUGCACACCAGGACCCCAGGGUUUGGCCAGAAGGCAGUUCCUCUCCUCCCAGGACUUCUCAGAGACUGCUCUGCCAUGACCACAGCGCGGUACCGGCCCACGUGGGACCUGGCCCUCGAUCCGCUGGUGUCGUGCAAGCUCUGUCUCGGGGAGUACCCGGUGGAGCAGAUGACAACCAUCGCCCAGUGCCAGUGCAUCUUCUGUACUCUGUGCCUGAAACAGUACGUGGAGCUCUUGAUCAAAGAAGGAUUAGAAACUGCAAUUAGCUGCCCUGAUGCCGCCUGCCCCAAACAGGGCCACCUGCAGGAGAACGAGAUUGAGUGCAUGGUUGCAGCUGAAAUUAUGCAAAGAUAUAAAAAGCUACAAUUUGAAAGAGAGGUGCUCCUGGACCCCUGUCGGACUUGGUGCCCGGCGUCCACCUGCCAGGCUGUGUGCCAGCUCCAGGAGAUUGGGCUGCAGACCCCACAGCUGGUGCAGUGCAAAGCGUGCGACAUGGAAUUCUGUUCCGCCUGCAAAGCCAGCUGGCACCCCGGACAAGGCUGCCCUGAGCCCAUGCCAGUCACCUUCCUUCCUGGGGAGACCAGCUCCGCUUUCAAACUGGAGGAGGACGACGCGCCCAUCAAGCGCUGCCCCAAGUGCAAGGUCUACAUCGAGCGGGAUGAAGGCUGCGCACAGAUGAUGUGCAAGAACUGCAAGCACGCCUUCUGCUGGUACUGCCUUGAGUCUCUGGACGAUGAUUUCCUCCUGAUCCACUACGAUAAAGGACCCUGCCGGAACAAGCUGGGCCAUUCCAGGGCUUCUGUGAUCUGGCAUCGGACACAGGUCGUGGGCAUUUUUGCUGGAUUUGGGCUCUUGCUCUUGGUGGCCUCGCCUUUCCUGCUCCUGGCCACUCCAUUUGUACUUUGCUGCAAGUGCAAGUGCAGUAAAGGCGAUGACGACCCAUUACCCACCUAGAGGAAGGCAUGAUGCUGGAACAAGACCCCUGCCUCCGGGAAGCGUGGCUCUCCCCAACCCCAUCCUGCCGUCCCCCUCUCACUAAACAUCUUUCUUGCCUUAUGUGCCCCAUUGAGCUUCACAGUGUCACGCUGGAUGCCGUGAUUUCAGGGACUGACGUCAGAACGUUUGCCAAGGCCCCGAGUGCAGUCCCCUAGGCAUGGGGAAGGCAAGGCUGGCAUGGGAGGGCACGUCCCCACAGAAUUGGUCUCUGCAGACUUGACAAGGGAGGUGCUAUAUGAAGCACCCUGGGCAGUUUUCUCCCUAUGGUGAUAGACCAGGAACGUCUGGUGGUUGCUCAAGAGACCUCCUCGUGCAAAAUGUCGUCCGUCUCCUCCUUGGCUUCAAGAUGGCGCCACAUUACUGAGAGAAGAAGUCUUUUAAAGAUUGCAACACACUUCAGACAGAAUCCGGUUAUUCUGACUUGAGAAAAGCACUCUGUUUAUGACAACUGUUUUUAUUACUAAUGGCAUUUAGUAAAAUCCUUUUUAGAAGGUGUUUUUUUUCUUUUUUUCCAACUAAUUAGUGAAAACUCAACAAGGUGCAUCUAAACCAUCCUAUGCCUUUCUUGAAAUGUGCAUUUUAAGAAGUUAUUCGUUAAACGACUUUUCUGGCUCUGCCACUUUUCAGGAGAUUUAGAAAGCCUUAUGCGCUCUAUGUGUUUUUUCUUGAAACUCGUAAUGCCUUUUUGAAUGCUGUAAGCUGCGUCCCGUUAUAAACGUGCUUCCCCUAUGGUUGCAUCUCUUUGAGAAUACUGACGUUUUAAAGGAGCAUCUCCAUCAUUAGAUUUGCCUUUUGUUCUUUCUCUCUUUGGUGAUUAAACUCAGCUCACAGGGCUUAUAUCUUCUCACCCAGGUAUCAGCACAUAUUUUUCAAUGUCUUCAGAAACCAAAUGUUUUACUUGGAAAUAGCUCUUCUGGGAAUCUCUCUGGUUGGCCGCUUGCCUCAGUCUCCCCAGGCAGACAGUAAGCAGAGAAUAGUGCUAUUGACCCGCAGAGGCAGGGCCUCCUGGCACGGCUGAGGACUCCUGGGGUUUGGAGGAGAAGCUUCCUGGAUUUUCACAGUUUUUCAAAUGACUGAGUUAUUUCGGAGAAGUCAUUUAUCUUACACAGUUCCAAGCCCUGUUGCUAACCAUUUUGCCCCUGCCGAAAAGUACCUUCUGUUUCACUUAGUCAUUUUGAUGGGGGAUGUGGCACUCCCUCUUUCACAGGCUGUUACCACAGUAGCAGAAUGCACAGAUCAAUAAGACACAGGUAACUCAUCAAUUGGCUCUGAAAAGUGGGGAAAGCGUAUUCUUUACAGUUGACUUUGAUUUGGCUUCUAAAGCCGAACGUGCUUUUAAAGAGCAAACUAAUUGCCUUGAACUUGGGACUUCUAAAAAUAGUCGAAAGGCUAAUGUUGUAGAUUUAUUAUAGUGGAACUUUUUAAAACUUAUUAAGCAUUCCAGAAAGGAGUAAAAUGAAAACAAAAUCCGACUUUUAUCACACGUUUGCUUGUUGCGAGCACCUUGGUCAAAUGUGGUGGUCUUUUGUCUCUGCCUUCCACAUCGUCCAUCGGUCUCAGGUCCUGCUUUCCCCGUGCCUCUAGAAAUGUCUUCUUUAUUUCUUAACAUUUAUAGGUUAGGAGAAACAGGAGCACCUCACGUUUCACCUCUAGGGUUUCUUCUCUUUGUGAAACUGAAGCCAUUUAGGAAACCAGUCUGUGUCAAAAUUAUGUUCAAAAAAUUCUCCUUAUAAUUGCAGUUUAAAAAUUCCAUAACUAAAUGAGAGCAUGCCUGAGACUGUCUUUCUGGAAGAAGCCCGAGCAAUGAGUCUCUGUGCUUGGAGAUGUUGCGAUAGGUCUGGUGGGAGAAUGGCUUUUCUAGAGAGAGAGACAAAUGCAUGAGGCCUGAAGAUGAAGCUGGUGGCCUGGGCCUCAGGCCUCAUACUGGGAUUUGUGAAUGCACUUAUCUAGCCAGUGCCUGUUAAAAUGUAUAUGGAAGACAGCAGGCUCUUGGCCCCAGGUCCAGUGGCCCACCGGGCAGGCCAUCCCCCCUCCCUGUCCAUCCUGCCUGGACCAGCUGCUGCCCACUGCACCAGGCAGAAGUCCAUACAGUGGCACCCCUUACUUGGGGGUAGGAACCAGAGUCUUUGGGAAGAUUUCGUUCCCUGAGUUCAGAUCCCUUCAUUCCUAGUGAGUCAGGCUGUCCAUCUGUCCUGGAGGAGUCCAUCGCCAAAUCAUGCACGUGCAUAGCCCCAACCGUCCUUGUGCCUUCACCUCUGACACAUAUCACAAGCACCUGGUUCGACCCAGGGAGGGACCACAGAGAUUCUGGGGCUGGCCAGGGCCAAAGCUGCACUUACUUGCUCUGAGUUUUUGCAUCAAGUGUGCCUCAGUGGGCUCAGUUUGACUCAGUAAUAAAAAAAACUGAAGCCUCCCUUCCCCAGAAAGACACCAGCAGAAUCGCAUUGAGAUCCUUCCGUGAACUUGCAUUUCCCUCGUCUGACUCCUUUUUUCAGUAAGGAAUGCUAUCCCCAUUGUUUGUGGGGAAGCGAUGUCAACCAUGCUUGAUGUAAAGUGUAGAUAGAACGUGGGAAGAUGGCCCAUGUUUUGGAUUUUAACCUCGCAGUCACUCCCUAGUGAAACCUGAGGAGUUCUGCACUUAGCAGGUGUACUCACUCCUGUUAUUCGGCACAGUUUGUCUUAAUUGAAAAUGAGAUUCACUUUUACAGAUGAUUUUCACGCUGACCCUCUGGAAGCCCAUGUCUGUUUAUUCAUUUAGAGGCCUUUAAAUGCUCGGGAGGAGGGAAGAAUACCCUUCCAAAUGGACCAUGGCUGACUCUACUGCUGUCCAGUGGGCUUGGCGAUGGAGGGCACCAUUGACCUGUCGGUUAUCUGAGUCCCUUGUGUAACUGACCCCAUUGUGAGGUUUUACUGGUCGUGCCUGAUCUCCAAGUCUGGCUCUGUCAUGUAUCCUGUAGCCCAGCCACUCAAGCUUUUCAAUCGUCACCUGAGGCCAGCACCUUCAGAGGAGUCACCAUCUAUGAGGACUGACUAGGAUCUGAGCAGAAACAAACCCUUUGACUGCUCGAAUUGCCAUCCAAACCAGUUCUUCCUCAACGCCCAGGAGUAGCUGCAGACUAAGGAACCAACGUCUGCCUUCUCUGGCAUCUUUUUCAAGGGGGACACAUCCUCUUUACAGCAUAUUAUUCCAUAAGACCGGUUUAGGAACCGGGCCAGUUUCUGAUUAGAAUACAGGGCCCAUGGGAAAGGGAUCAUCAGAUAUGGAAAAGAUACUCCAAGAUGAGUUUAUCCCUUUUCACCUACAUUAUAAAAGUUAAAACUUAUUUAACAAAUUAGAAGAGGACAUUUUCCCUUGGUAGUCUUUAAAAAUGUGGAAAUUGAAAGGACCAGGGUGAGCUCUUUUGUAUAUUUCUCGGAUUCUCAUUUAUUAAUAAUACUCUUGUGUGUAUCAAUCAUAAUGAAAUCAUCAAGGGAAAAUAUUUUGCAUGUAUAAAGCUUUGUAAAAGUCUUUAAAAAAUACCAAAGCUUGUCUGUUCCUUAGAAUAAGCCCAAGCCCUGAUGAAAAUAAACAAAAUGAAGAGAUUAUGACUGGUAUUGCCAAAAAUGCCAAGUGGAACCAAGGGUCCUGUGUUAAAAUGUAAUUGCUAAUGCAUCAGAAGUGGGAGAGCAUGCUGUUUGGUAUCAAGCCCGUGGCCUCCAUCCUUCCUCUGAUUUGUGUAAUCCUGGCUUCCACAAUUCCAGGAUCCUUCACUUAGGGGUAGGUCCCUGCCACAUGCCUGACCAUUCCUUCCUUCUUUGCUCAUUUUACCAUGUGUGUAUUUUAACCUUGUAUAAAAAUAAUGCAUGAAUGAGUCAUGCACAUGUAUACAUGAUAUAUUUGACAAGUGGUGGUAAAAAAAAAAAACAAGUUUGGUUUGUGUUUUUGAAAUGUCAAUACAUUUUGUGCCACUAACACUGUGAUGUAUAAAAGAGCUGUUUGAAUGCCUUUUAAUGUUGUGUUUUGUACUUUGGAAUCAUAUGGAAAAGUUUGGUUUGUAAUUUCAAUACAUAUUUUAAAUGUAUUGUCUCUUACGUAGUUUGUCCCCCCUUUAGAAGGGAUUUCUUUUUAAAGAUAUUUUGGCUGGAAUACAGGUUACUUUUUUUAAA